AUGAUUCUCUCUCUCCCUCUUCUCCUCGGCCUCCUCAUCAGUCCAGCGACCUCGCAGCUCCUCUUCCCCGUCAACAGCGCCCAGACACCCUUUGAGGCGCCUCUCAGAGACUGCGGAGGAAAGGCAGGGCGGCGCUGGAACGAAGCGAGGCCUCCUCGGGUUGCAAUCGUCGGUGCGGGAGCAGGAGGCUCGUCUGCCGCGUACUUCCUGCGGCACUUUGGCGACCUAAAGGGCGCGGGUCUGGAGACGGAGGUGACGGUCUACGACACGGCAGAAUAUGUGGGUGGACGUUCGACGGUGAUUUGGCCGUGGAACGACGACCCAUUCUCCCCGCCUCGCAAUGCCAGCGACCCUCCCGUCGAACUCGGCGCGAGCAUCUUUGUCAGCGCCAACAAGCACCUCCAAAAGGCACGCAAGGUCUUUGAGCUAGAGGAAGACGCUUACGGUGGUGAGGACGGCGGAAUGGCAAUCUGGGAUGGCGAGCGCUUCGUACUCGAGGAAGAAAAGCUCGGCUGGAGCUGGUGGCAGAAAGCGAAGCUAAUCUGGCGGUACGGGCGCAGUCCGUUUACAGUUCGCUCGCUCGUCCAGAAGACGGUCGCCGAUUUCGUCUCGCUGUACUCGCCCGAGUUCGUUUCUCGCGGCGCCUUCACGUCCGUCUCCAACUUCACCGCAAUUACCGGACUGCAAGAACCGGCUUCGCUGUACGCCGACGAGUUCUUCGGCAAGCAGGGCGUCGCCGACCUUUUCACGAACGAGAUCAUUUCGGCCGCGACUCAGGUGAACUACGGCACGCCCAUCGACCGCCUGCACGGCGUCGGCGCGCUAGUUUCGCUAGCCGCGACAGGCGCAGUCUCGGUGCGCGGAGGGAGCCGGCAGAUCUUCGAGAACUUCGUGGGGCGGAGCGGUGCUCGCUUGCGUCUAGGCGAGAAUGCGCGGGUGCAGUCGAUUCUCAAACUCGAUGCGCCUCGAAGUGGUCGCGCGCAGUGGGUUGUACGGACGGCGUCAGGCGUGGGAAGCGGGACGUACGAUGCUGUUAUCCUUGCAGCGCCCUUUCACCAAACAGGGAUCCAGAUGGUCAAUUCGCUUGCGCCGUCUCGCAUCCCGAAGCAGCCUUACGUCCCACUCUACGUUUCCUUCGUCAUGACCAACGCGUCUGCGCCGCGAGCGUCGUAUUUCGGCUUGCCCGAGAAGACAGUCAUGCCCGUCGAGAUUUUCGGCACCUUCACGACCUCCUCAUCUUGCAAGCCCACCUUCAACUCGCUCAACUACCUUCGCGCUCUCUCGCCCGAGACCAGCGCAAGACUCGGCGAAGGCACCUUUCACGUCGUCAAGAUGUUUUCGGACCGACCGCUCGAGGCGGAGAUGCUCGACGACCUGUUUGGCCAAGGCAACGUCGCAAAGACGGUCGUCAAGCGUUGGCUCGCGUAUCCCAAGCUCGAGCCUGUCACGAAGGAGGACGACUUUGCGCCCGUCCGGCCAGACGAGGGCCUCUACUACCCGAACAGCUUCGAGCGCCUCAUCUCGACCAUGGAGACGGCGACCGUUUCGUCGUUCAAUGCCGUCUCACUCCUGCUCAACGACUUUUUCGGCUAUGUUCCCCCGACAAGCUGGGCUGAGUGGGACAACGCCUGA